ACUGUAUAUUACCAAUCAGCCACAACGAAUCGGUCAAGUGAUUGGUGAACAGCGCGCGGCCCCAAACGACCUCAAGACUCUGCUCAAGGCUCAAAAUCAUGUGAGUCGUCUACCCUACACAUGAGGAAGGAGGAGAAGGGGAAUCUUAACCACAGAUUACUAACCCAACCCCCACCCAGCGCCCCAAAUGGCUCAACGUGUCACCCUCCGCAAACGCCAACCAUACAACACAACCUCCAGCCGGAGACGUAUCGUAAAGACACCCGGUGGAAAACUCGUAUACCACCACCUUAAGAAACUCCCCACUCAGCCUAAAUGCGGUGAUUGUGGUAUCGGACUUCCUGGUGUCCCUGCUCUGCGCCCCCGCCAGUAUGCAACGAUUUCGAAGCGUCAGAAGACGGUGUGCCGUGCCUAUGGUGGUUCGCGGUGCGGCGACUGCGUCAAGUCACGCAUUCUACGAGCAUUCCUUGUUGAAGAGGCAAAGAUAGUCAAGAAGGUCAUCAAAAGCCAACAGAAGGCAGGAGGCCGCAAGUAAAUACGCCUUGUGGAGAGGUCGCUUUAUGGCUAUCAUCAUGCAUCUUUCAUUUGUCUAUCGCAUCCAUGUAGAACCGCCACACCAAAAUCCAGACCGAGGAGGUCAGUAUGCAGUUCUCAUGACGCCUUGAUGCAACA